CAAUGAGAAGAGGCUGACUUUUCUCCGGCCCGUCGUCCCUCUCUCUCUCUCUCUCUCUCUCUCUCUCUGCUCAUCGGAACAUUAGUCGUGUUCGGUCGAAGUACCGGGCAUGGCGGGAGGGAGAACCAGCUGAAGAGAUCAAAACCGGUGGCGGCAAUUCAAUCCAACGAGCAGUCGUCUCCUUUAUUUCCCAAGUCCUCUUAUCAAUCCCUGCAGCGGAGUCGAAUUUCUUCGUCCGAUCGCCCAUUACAUUGGCGUUCCGACAAGAUGGACGAGGUUGUCACCGGUGGAGAUGGGAUCUCGAGCAACCCAACCUCCUCAGGCCAAGCCGCCUCGCUCCUCCCGUACAAUCUGCCUCUCUUCUCCGCUUUCCUCGCCUUCGCCCUUGCCCAGUUCCUCAAGCUCUUCACCACCUGGUUCAAGGAAAGGAGGUGGGACUCCAAAAGAAUGAUCGAUUCUGGUGGAAUGCCAUCAUCACACUCAGCAACUGUCAUGGCACUUGCAGUUGCCAUAGGUCUGCAGGAGGGAGCAGGAGCACCCGAGUUUGCCAUUGCUGUGGUCUUGGCCUGCAUUGUUAUGUAUGAUGCCUCAGGGAUCAGACAUCAUGCUGGUCGGCAGGCUGAAUUGCUGAAUCAAAUUGUUUGUGAGUUUCCUCCCGAGCACCCUUUGUCCAGUGUCAGACCUCUGAGGGAGUUACUUGGGCACACGCCUCUUCAGGUUGUUGUGGGUGCUUUGCUGGGAAGCUUAGUAGCAUAUCUGAUGAGGAACACCAGCUAAGUAAUUGCACGACAUCGGAUUGAUUUCUUCGUCUCGCGAUUGAUCUUGUAGGUGGAUAAAGAAAUAUAUAACUUAAAAGAAAUUUUCUUCCCAAAUAUUCCAAAACAUGAGUGAUAUAUAUCAGUAAGAUUAGGAUCAAAAGCUUUUACUACUGUACUGUGUAUUGCAUUCUUGAGUCCAGUUGCUUCAAGGUGUACAUGGAAAUUCUCAUUUUCGCAUUCAUAUGAUUCUUCCUCUUUGGAUAUUCAUCUUUUGUCGUUGCAUUGUUCUCUCUAAAUGAGACGUUCUGUUAGAACUU